CGGUACGAAGCCUUACUAUAUUCCGAAAGGGCGUCUUAGGUAAGGUACCUAACCCUUGUACAUAGGUAUGUAUGUACCCAUGACGUUCCAAUGAGACGUCAGCUUCGGAUGGCGGCACUAGCAUCCCCCGAUCCGUGAUAGGAGAGUGUACCCAAGGUACCUCCCGACCGCCGAGCUUCAAUUGCUGCAUGUCCCGCGCAAAGCCAAGAGCCGAUCGAUCAAAACUGCUGCCAUGUAAAAAGUCCAUCCUCGACAGAGAUCCGCAUACGCAGCCAUGCCGCCCCGAAUAUCAGGCCUGCAGCGCCUGGGCGCAUUUUCUCCAUGUCUGCGGCCGGCCGCAAAGUCCUCGCCCACCCCGUCGCUCCUCCCGAUCACCCAGACGGCGUCCCUGUCGCAGAAGGAGAAGAAGCGCCUGGCGAAGCAGGAUCCCUACCGGUGGGAGCAGAUGCAGCAGCGCAAGGCCGCCCACCUCAAGAUCCGCGAGAUAAUCGAGGCCCGUCGCACCUCGCUGCGCGGCGACCCCGUCCGUGGUAUCACGACACCCUUCGUCGAGUCCUUCGACUCCGCCGGUCAGGCGCCCCUGUCGCGGCCGCGCCUCGACGCCGAAGGCCAGCCCAUCGAGGAACCCUACGAGCUGCCGACAUCGCCUCACAUCCUCAACCACCUCGUCCACCGCGACGAGCUACAGUCCGCCAUAGACAGCGCCUACACGCUGACGCGGCCGAUGCCACCCGACCACGGGGACUUCGAGCCGCCGCCGCUGCCGCCAAAGCCUAAUCCAGAUGCGGAGGCACAGACGGAGGGCACAGAGACACAGGUCGCAGAGAUACAGGUGGAGGGCGCGGUGACGGAGGUAGAGGGCACGGUGACGGAGGUGGAGGGCGCAGUAACGGAGGUGGAGGGCGUAGCGACGGAGGCGGACGGCGCAGAAGAACAGAUAGAGCGAGCGGAAGAAGCGGAGCCAGCGCGACCGCCCAUCUCGCCCGAGUUGGAGGAGGCGCUGCGGCUGCACGACGAGCGGCACGCGCUGGCGGUCGAGGCGCUGAACCGCAUCACGCGGCUGGAGGCGGGGUCGGCGAAGGACCGGCUGCACGCGAACAUCCGGCGGUGCAUAGAGACGUUCGGGCGGCACGAGACGGACCUGGUGCUGCGGCCGCGGGGGCUCUCGCGGGGCCAGGAGCCCGUGGAGCGGCCGGUCCGCGGCGGGCCCGACACCGGCAGCAGCGAGGUCCAGAUCGCCAUCCUCACCGCCAAGAUCCGCGCCCUCGCCAACGAGCUCGAGUCCGGCCGCGGCUACAAGGACAAGGUUGGCAAGCGUGACCUCCGCCUCCUCGUCCACCGCCGCCAGCGCCUCCUCCGCUACAUGGAGCGCAAGGAGCGCGGCAGCGACCGCUGGAAGAACCUCAUCGAGACCCUCGGCCUCACCCCCGCCACCUGGAAGGGCCAGAUCACCCUGUAGAGAGACGAGCGGGGAGGAGGAGGCUAUAAGGAAAAGAAGAGAGAACCCCCGAAAACUA